UCUAUGAAUCAAACAUUCAUUCUCUACUCUACUCUAAGUGGACGUCAUUUUCUCCUUCUUUUGGUUGGCUGAUAACUUCUUCCCUUUUUUCCUCUCAGGUGUGACCAGCAGAUAUGGCGGACAGUUUGAAGGCACGAUUUGAUUUCCAAAGCCCCGUCAUACAAGCCCAGACGGUGAGGACUCUCGUUGCUGCUGUCCUGAAAGAGAAAGGACCAAAUGGACAGAUUACACAGUCCUCCAUACAGGGUCCAGCGCUGGAGGCUCUGUGGCAGCAGUGCUGCUCUGACUCUGCUCUGGUGCGUUCAGCCUGCUGUGACGCCGUGGUGCUGCUGGCGGAUCAGGGACACGCAGACCUGCAGCACGUCCUCAACAGUGUGCUCAACCUCCUGCCCUCUGCCAGAAACGUCCAGGGGCUCAUAAAGGUGAUUGGACGGCUGCUGCAGAUGCAGGCGGAUCAGAGAGACGGAGGAACGCCCUUCACCUGUCCGUACUCCAUCAGGAACAGCCCUCACCCGUUCAUCACGGUGCUGGAGAACCGAGCGGACUGCUGGCCGGCUCUGCUGCUGGAGAUUGAUGAUUUCAUCCAGCAGGCUGCUGACAGAAAUGAAGCGGCCUACAUCGCCAUGCUGGUUCCAUUCCUGCGGUACCUCUACUGUGAACCUCAGAGGCAGCCUCAGCACGCCCUCCUCAGACACGGUCUCCUCAGGGUGCUGCUGCCCAAACACCCAGGAUCAGAGCAGGGACAGACCUCCUCCGUGUCUGACAGCAUGCUGCUCUGCCUCUGUCAGCUGGUGCCUCACAUGCAGGUGGACAGCGUGGAGGCGGUGCUGGAACUGUGUGGAUUCGUCGACGCUCUGCUUCAGGGUCUCGUCUCGUCCUCUGAGGAGCGCUGGAGGUCUGAGAAGGUCGUUCUUCUUCUGCAGCUUCUGUGCGCCUGCCAGCUCUGCCUCAAGCUCAACGGGGACUGCCGCCCUCUCCUCAGCUCGAUGCAUCAGCUCGUGUCCGUCUGCCGACAGGAGCUGCCAUUGGACGAGCUGCUGAUGGGCGUGGCCCUGCUCCUGUUAGAGGCUCCUGCAGAGCAGCAGAGCAGCCUGCUCAGUCUGGCUCUGAGUUUAAUCCCUGAGGAGUCUGAGCUGUCCCCCUGGAUGAGUCCCGUCCUGGUCCUCCCCGUCCUUCAGCUCCUGUCCUGCUUGAGCCUCACUGAAGCACUAGCCGACCGACGGAUUCACAAGCUCAACCAGGACCUGGCCCACAAGCUGCUGCAGAGAAUCAGCAGGGAGACGGAUAAACCUGGACAGGCUGCCCCUCCUCUGCCUCUUCCUCUGAGCUCCUGGUUCAGCGAACUCAGCGUGGCCAUGUCUGUGCUGCGUAAACUGGCGGACGAUGAAGCCGCUGCAGCUGAUUGGCUGCUGUCCGUCAGCUCCGCCCUCUCCUUGUCGUCCAGCCAGCAGCGCCUCUCGUCCCUCACCCUGAUGGUGACGCACGCCAUACUCACAGGUCAGGAGGACGUCUGCCAGCUGGCUCUGAACGCCGGCCAGGCCAUCGCUGCAGCCGACCCCUGCCAGGUUCCCUCCCUUCUUCCUGUCCUGAUGUUCAAACUGGGGAGAGAGAAGAAUCCAAACGUGUCUCACGCUGUGCUGAACUGUCUGCCCAACCUCGGGACUCACAAGCUCUGUGUCCCCAUGCUGCUGCAGACCCUCCACAUGCUGGCCAGCGCCCCCAAGCUGAGAGCAGUGGCGAUGCGCCUCAUGACUGCCCUGUGGAAGAAACAGGACCGAGUGUACCCGGAGCUGCAGCGUCUGCUGGGCCAGCAGGACAGCAGGGUGGUGGUGGGGAGGGACGCUCAGUGGGAGCAGAUCCUGGCCAGAGCUGCCUCCGUCAGAGACGUCUGCAGAGAGAGGCCUUACCAGCACGGAGGAGACAUGUUGGCUGCCAUUAAACUCACUCUGAAUCAGUGCACCCGAUCGGACACGGCAACCCCGGCUGCUCUCGCCCUGCAGGGACUACAGGAGCUGUGCAGAGCCGAGGUGGUGGACAUGGUCUCCACCUGGAGGAGUCUGGGUCCUGAGCUGAGCUGUGACUCUCGUCCUCUGAUGGUCAAAGCCACAGCGGAGCUCCUGGCUCUGGUUCCACAACUCGCUGUCAAGUCAGAGCAGUACGAGAAACUAAAAGAGGAGGUGGUCAGCUUUCUCUGGAAUUACGCCGUGAGCAAGGAUCCAGAGGUGGCCAGCUGUGGGUUCAGAGCUUUGGCUGGUUUUACAGAAGACGUCCACACAAUCAACCUCCUUCCUGAGGCAGCCAGACCGGCCAUCAAUCUCCCUGAAAGUGACGACGACGAACAAGCAAAGGAGAAAAAAGAAGACGAAGAAGAAGAAGAGAAGGACCUCUCUGUACCAGGUUCAUCGUACGUGAAGCUCAUGGCUCUGACUCCUGUACCUGUCCUACCAGCCUUCCAGCUCUUCCUCACCUCGCUGGUGAAGCAGGAGAUGAGCCAGAUGCCUCGGGGGGUCUACUUCUCGGCCCUGAGGGGGGGCAACCUGCGCUCGGAUCAGGGGAAAACGGUGGCAGGGAUCCCGUCGUUCAUGCUGAAAACCUACGAGAAGAACAAGCAGCCGGGGCUCAAACCUGGACUAGCAGCUGGCCUGCUGCUGUGUUACGAGCUCCCCGUGCAGACGGAUCGUGAAGGCAGACCAAUCGAUCGUUUCCUCGUCAGCCGCAGCCGCAGCUACCAGCAGAACUUAUCCUCUCUGAUUCAUGAGGUGAACAUCCAGCCGUCUGAGUGGCACCGUGCUCUCCUCCUUCCUCAAGCCUGGAGAGGAUUCAUGAGCCGAGCUUUCCACGCCGCCCUGCAGGGUCGUCGUGCAGAUCUGGAGUUGCAGCAGAAACAGGGCAAAGAGGAUCCACAGGAGCUGCAGUACAAACAGCACUGUGCCUGGCUGUGGGCCAGAGAUCAGCUGACAGACGUCAUCAAAGCCGCUACAAAAGACAGCCCUGUUGUUCAGGGGAACUCCAUCCUGGCUCUGAGCGGCCUGGCUGCCGUCCUCGCUAAAUAUGAGAGCAACCUGCCAGCUGACGGAGACGGCGGUCUCGGGGCUGGUCCAGAGUUUGUCCCCACGUCCAGCUGGUUGUCGAUGGUCCUCAACACGCUGCUCAGCAUCGGCAGCAGCAGCUACAAGCCCUCAGGACAGGUGUUCCCGUGGUUCCUACACCGCUCAUACUCAGGUGAGAACACAGCGAGUGCCAUCGCUCGCUCCUGUGCCAGCCUGGCGUUGUCCCUGCUCGUCCCGGUUCUGGUGGUGUGGCAGAGGGACGGUCUGGUCCAGGUCCUGUCAGCGCUGCAGGCCGGUCUGCCGGGUUCUCCGAACGCUGACGACUCCCAGGCCGUCCAGUUCCACUCGGGCCUCGCUCUCGGCAUGGUGCUGUCCAGUCUGCACCACCAGCGCCUCAGCGAUGUCUCCGUUCAGAAGGACGCUGAUCUCCUCCUCGGCUCUCUGGAGGCUUUGGAAAGUUGCUCCUUCAACCCAAACCUGGAGUACAAUACCGGCUGCGUGUUGGGUCUGGCUCUGGUGCUCUCGGCUCUCUGCAGCAGCGGACAGACGGACCAACACGUCCACGUCACCCGAACACUCGACAAACUCCUGAGCAGCCUGCAGGAGAGCAGCGGGCAGGGACGCAUGCAGCAGGAGGUCUUGGCGUACUCUGUGGCGUGUGUGGGUGUCUCGGCCUUCAGUGGAGGUAUCAUCGACGCCGCAAAGGCCGAGGAGGUCAUGAGCAGCCUGCGCACCCUGACCGAGGAGAGCCAGCAGACUCCAGGCUUCUCUCUGGCGCUGGGUCUGGUGGUACACAGCCUCUCACUGUCCGGUCACGGUAAAGCUGAAGACAUCCACCCUCGUCUGCUUGCUGCCUGGAUCAAGAUCCUUCUGGCCGAGGGUUGUCCCACGAUGCAGCGUCUGGCUGCCGUGAACGGUCUGGUGGCUUUAGUCGGGUCAGAGAGUUACCUCAUCCAGUUGUCGAGUGAGCUGGAGCUCUCCUCUCAGCAGCAGAGCCGACUCAACGAGGUGAUACGAGCCAUCACACAGAUCAUAACGUUCUCAGGAGCCAUCGGCCUGCAGUCUAACAGCGCCUGUUUGGUGGCUCAUUUACAUUUGGCCCACAUGUCGACCAGUCACACUCACACAGCAGUUCCUCAGGAUUUCAGUUACCUCUCGGAGAAGAGCGCCAUCAGAUCCAUCGUUGACUUCCUCACAGAGGCAGGAAAAAAAGGUCCAGAGUUCUCUCAUCCCGCUCUCGUUAAAACGGCUCUGACUCCUCUGGCGUCAGUCGGAUCCAGCUUCCAGUUUCCUCCGAUCAACUGGAGCGCCGUCCUGUCUCCGCUGAUGAGACUCGGCUUCGGAGAGGACGUUCAGCAUCAGUGUUUGGUUCUGGCAGCGAGUCAGGCUCAGACAUCUCAGAGUGCGUCUCUGUUUCUGGGCUCCUGGCUGUCUCCGCCCCUCGUGCACAGCCUCAGUUUCCAGACUCGAUCUCACCUGUACGAGUGUCUGGGUCUGUGGAUGAAGCACGUCGCUGAGGACAAGCUGCAGGUCUACCUGGAGAGUCUGGGUCUGCAGCAGUUCCAGGACGACCUCCGACCUCAGCGUGUGUCCCUCUGUCGCUCCGUGGUGCAGGGUCUGUCUCAGGCCAUGGCCCUCCCAAACCCCCCCAACAGCUGCUGGACCAUCCUGAGCUCCACCACCGAGAAGAUCUUCUCCGUCCUGCCGAACCACAUCCAGGAUGAUGAGGUGGAUCUGUACGUGGGAAUCUCCAAAUGUCUGUCUGAGAUGUCUGAUACAGAGAUCGACCGGAUCGCUCGAGUCACAGAGACUCAGAUGGAGAAGACGUGUUUCGUCCUCUGCUACUUGACCUCCCAGGGCAGAGUCCCCCUCCUCAGUCUCAAUGACAUCAUCGCCGGCGUGCUUCGAGGUUGGCCGAGCAGCAGAGUCGGCUGGCUCCUCCUGCAGACAUUUUACCAGUGUCGCCUGGCAACCAACGCCAACACAGGCGUUCUUAAACGGAUGGAGUGGCUGCUGGAGCUGAUGGGACACAUCAGAAACGUCGCCUACGGAGCAACCUCCGUCACAUGUGGAGACACCAAACUGGCCACAGACUUUCUGUUUCAUCUCUUUUCUGCUGCUGUUGUUUCCUGGGGCGACCACUUCAUGCCCCUCCUCCUCGGCAUCAGGGACAGGUGGUUCCCGUGGCAACAAGGAUCCAAGCCCCAAACUCUGCAGCACAGUCUGUACGGCGGGGAGUCGUUCACCGAGCUCGCCCUGCCCCAGUGCAUGCUGGGAGUGUCCCACAGUCUGCCUGUGCUGCUGGACAAAGAGCCGUGGAGCGGACAGACGCACAAAUUCAUAGACUGGCUCCUCAGCAUCACAGAAGGUCCCGAGCUGAGUCUGUCGUCAUCGACCAUCAACACCGCCAAAGCCGCUCUGUUGGCCCUGAAGUCCUCCAACGAGUUCAAGAAGAAAGCCGUGUGGACCAAAGCGUAUGGAUGGUAGCGCCCAGGGAAUUUUAAGAAAACAGACUUGUUACCGUGGAAACGCAUACAAAGGAUCUUCAGGAGAACACGAUGGGAGCUUGAACACACUCAGACUGCAUCUUUGACCCGGCCGCAGAAAUGACUUCACACUGCUACAUUCGCUGCUGCCUCACAGACUGAACGCCAUUAAAAGUUCAUCAUUAAA